AGAACCAACGAAUUAUGUUGACAGAUACUAUUUAUCUGGUAUUCCGAGAAUCAUAAGGAUAAUCAAUAAAAAUGAUAUGCGAAGGAAUACUGCUGAGAACCAAAAUUUGAGUAGCAUUCCAAAAAUUAUUCAAAUGCCUGGUAAACAUAUAGCUACAGACGAUUUAAUAAAACAAUUUGAAUUGAAAAAUAAAAAAGUUGAACCUAUAUUAAGGCUAAAAGAAAAAGUUAUAGCAGGAAACAGCACAAUUCAUAAGAAAAUUGAUACAAAGGACGAUAAUUUGGAAAAUAUUACCGUUAAAAACAAUAAUCCUAAUCCAAAAGAAAUUAAUGUCAUUCAAAGUAAAAUAAAUAAGAAUAUCUUUACUGACAAUAAGAAACGAACGAAAGAACAUUCAACUCAGUUAAAGGAAAAGAAACCUGAUAAAUUUUAUGAACAUCUUUCAGAAAUUAUUCAAAAUAUGAGGACGAAUGUCAAAAACUAUGAAAUACUUAGUCAACAAAAAACUCUCGACACGGAUAUCCAAAGCCAUAGAAAUCAACAUGGCUAUAAUUUUGAUGAUAUAAAGAAUGAUAAUAUUCAUAAAGAUAUGAAAAGAAACCAUCCAGAUGAGAAAACAGAUAUAGAAAAUACAAAUAUUAAUAAAACUGAGACAAAUAAUCUUGCCUCUAAUUUUGAUACGCUUAAAAAUUUAAAUCCUAGCCUGAAUGAUUCAAACGGCCUCAAAUCGAAAGCUUUUAAAUUUAUAAUCAUGAAUGCUGAAGACGGAAGUAUAAGAAACCAACUUAUAAAUACAGGUAAUGAAGAAAACCAUAGUGGAAACGUAAUCCCACAGAUACAGACGAGAAUGAACAAUGCUUUAGUCAAAAAAAGUUUCGAUGAUUUCAAAAUGGUUAGACGCAAAACGCAUUUUACGUUACCAGAGUUUGAUUUUAAUGCUGACAAACGGUAUAAGCCUGAUGAAUACCAAGAUUCAAAUAGAUAUAAAACUAAGAAUAAUAUCAUCAAUAAAAUAAGACCUAGGUAUACAGGAGGUCAUACUGAUGAUUAUUACACGGAGGGCGAAGAAACACAAACUGAUAUGGACCCCAAAAACUACCCAACGGACGCUGAAAAAUCACAGAUAAUCAAUUUGCUUCAUAAGCAAGCGAAUAUCAUAAGAGACUUAAGAAAGAGCAAAGCGGUAAAGGAGAAAACUUUAUCAGAGUUUGAUGAAAUGCUAAAAAUGAUUGCUACAAAACAGGAGAUGAAGAAAAUGUGUAGUUAUACAGAAUUUACUUUCGAAACCACGACUGUUUCGACAAAAUUAACGACAACUAAAAGGCCGUCGACUGUCCUGACUCUUUUUGACGAGACUAAAAUUAGGAGCGCGCUGAAAAACGACCCGCAAGUGAAAAGGAUUUUGAAAAUCGCCAAUUUGAAACGGGAGAACUAUUUGAAAAACGUUAGAGGGGAUUUAGAAAAUAAUUAA